GCACAACGAUCUUCCAUUCUCUCGUCAUGAACCCGCGAUAGUGUAUGUUUCUUGCAGUGACUCGGUAGCUACGAAAUUUGAAUGAAAGCUCAUCUCGCCCGUAUUUACCUACGUACAUAUAUCAGGGACCCUGUCGCAGUCAUUGGCCUCCGACGCUUCCGCGUCCGAUAGUCACUACUCGAAGAAGUCAUUGUGCCGACAAUGGCGAGCUCUGAGGAUGAUGGUCACCCUCCGCCUCGUAAGAGAUCAAGGACAGACUCGAAAAAUGGCGAAGAAUCAAGUGGCAAGAAGGCGAGGGGCAGGCCUAGGGUGGAUACUCAGGAUGCAACUGCUGCCGAUCGACGUCGUACUCAGAUUCGCCUUGCUCAACGGGCUUAUCGGCAGCGUAAAGAAACCACCAUCUCUUCUUUGAAGAACAAGAAUUCGCGAUUGCAGUCCAUCAUUGAUCAGAUGAAUACAGCAUUCCUCCAGUUCAACGAAGCUGCUCUAAGGUCGGGGGCCAUUCAAAUGAAUCCAGCACUGGCACAUGAAUUAAAGCGGGCGACGGAAUCAUUCGUCAAGCUCGCCAGAACUGCUAGUGAGGGUGACGAUGAUGGUGACGAUGAGGGAGCUUUUGAAGACGGAGAUCCUGUCUUCGAGGCAGGUACAGGAUCGACCAAGACCACUGCCACUAUAGGGUCCGUAGACGCCACUCAACAUCCACAAACAACUUCGCAGACGGUGCCACGGCACACCGACCUGGGCUGGGGCUAUUCCACAAUACUUAACACACCUUCUUCACGCUCCAAUUCCGUCUCACCGCCCCAAUACGAUGGCCCUACAGAACAGUCAUAUUAUCCCACCAUGGCUUCGUCAAUGGCGGACUCUAGUAUCGUUUCGACGAGACCACGGCUAACAAUAGGCCAAACCAUGGACCAGAAUAGGUUGCAAGGAUAUGGGUCUACAGAAGAGCUGCCAUUCGGACUGAUUGAUCUUAUGUCGCCUGGCUCUGGUCUCCCCAGACCGCACCAGCAACCUCAAGUAUUCCGUGUCGACGUUCCUACAUCCAUUAUCAACACUCCUCCACUAAAACAACCGAGCCCGCCUUUCCUGUCCAGCAUCUCGACCAGAUCAGUAAAACCCGAUUGGACUUACAGCCACGAUGAAGUCACAUUUGCUCGUAGACUAACCCGCUCCGCUCUCGAAGCUGCUUUCCACAUGCUGUCUAAUGCACAACAACGACCAAUAGCAGCGAAUUUCAUAUUCAGACUUACGCUCCCAUAUCUGACCCUUGAUGGAUUGCGAGAUCAACUUAAGACGAUCCUGGCUCGCGGAGUUGAUGAGGACCUCGAUUGCUGGGACACGCCAUUCAUUCAUUUAGGCGGAGCUGGUACUCAUUAUCCCAGGAGAGAUCAUCUGGGCAAUAUCACUCCUAUUCCGAAUGCAUGGAACAUACGCUCCAUUGGACCCUUCCCUAAGAGCUGGGUACGGGCAGAGAACGCCGUAGAUCCCACGCUCAGUCACGACAUCACUGUUGACCUUACCGGAUACGAAGGCGAAUGGUUUGAUUCUCACGACGUAGAAGGAUAUCUAGAAGAGAACCACGGUUGCCGCAUCAACCCACAGAGUUCCUUCGCAGAAGUUUUCGUCGACGCAGACGAACCUCUCAGUACAGAAGACUCGAGCAGCAGCCUGCCCGUUUCCGGCAGCGCCGACAUGAAUUUGGCAUCGAACACAGCGAAUUCCACAAGCCCCAGCCUGAGCAACGGGGGCAGCACUCUAGAUUCAACAUCGGCGAACAGCACGCCAUCCCAGACCAACCUCGACAUUCUCAGCCAGGAAACGUACGGAUUGGACAUGAGAAUGGGCUUGCCGAAUGGCACUCUCAAGCUGGGUGGAAUGGACGUCUCGAUCGCGUUCGACCAGCCUUUGGGUCUCGAUCUUGCCCCGAUGUUCAACAAUGGCAAUACCAAUAACGCCACAGACGGUUUGCGAUUCGGCAGUGUCCAGAAUGAUUCAUCGUUAUCCCACACACCGAUCGCUAAGAAGAAACGCAAGCAAACUGCGCUGAUCGAUGUAUCGAAGCUUGUCAAUGAACUCAUCAAACAUGCGAUUUGUCUGGGACGGACGCCAGGUUUUAGGAGGAAGGAUGUCGAUGCUGCAUUCAAAGCAUCCCUCAUUCGUGCUUUUUGAUUGUGCCACUUUGCUAGCUGGCUAACUGUAAUGGCGUAUUGGCAUCGGUUGUUCAUUAUCUGGCGGCUGUAUCUACCCAGGUUAUGUAUGGAUUGGCUACUUAAGGAAUGGGAGGAUCACUACGAUAUAGCCCCCAAGGUGUCGGAAACAGAUUCAUUCAUCUACGAAAAUGAUGAUAGAUGCACUGAUAUACAGUAUAAACACUCAACUUCAUUGCUCUGGAUUUGCAUUUGUGAGU